AUGGACCCAUUAUCGGCAUUCGGUUUAGCUGUCAAUGUGUUGUCGGUCGUUGACAUCUCCAAGUCUUUCCUCGAGACUCUGGGGCAGGUCAAGGAUGCGGGCUCGUCGGCCGCCACGCGGGACAUUGUCAGCGUCAGCCGCAGCCUGCAAGCAUCGAACGCGAAAAUCGCAUCUCAAUCGUGGGCUGAAAACGACGAUGAGGCUUUUAGGAACCUUGUUGAGGAGUGUCAGAAGCUCUCAAAGGAGUUGGUGCGUCUUGCAGAGGAACUGUCUGUCAUGAGUUCGAGCAAGCUCGUGGCGAAGCUUAAGGUCGCAGAUCUUACGAUGCGGAGCCACAGUAGGAUCGAAGAGAAGAAGGCCCGGCUGGAGACGCUUCGCGGACAAAUUUUGUUCGAUAUCGUAGUUCCAAUGGCCAGAAAGGUUCACGAGAUCCCCGACAUGGUAACGAUAGAUACACAGACCCGGGCCCUCCUCAGGGAGAUCGAGGCAGGCCAGGACGCAAAUAGCGCCGUGGAAAAGCGUCUACGUAUCUUCCACGAAGAGUAUGCUGCCAUUCAGGAUGAGCGGCACACUGAGCUUGUCUCUCUUCUUCGUGAUAUGCCCGACGUGAGGCCGCAACCACCCAGGUCGGCGAAGGGAGACGAAAAUCUGAAGGCUAAGGGGGUGGUAUUAGAUAGUUUGCUUGACUCUCUCUAUUUCCCCCAAGAAAGCGACCGAUUCCAUAACAUCAACCCGGCUCACAAAGGCACCUUCGAAUGGAUUUACCGGAAGCCGCCCACAGGAGCAAGCAAAGCAACAUGGACAGACUUCCGAGAAUGGAUGUAA